AUGGUUAAGCUUUCUGUCUGUCUCCUCCUGGGAGGGUUUUCCGCUUUGGCUUCGGCUCUUCCUGCUGCAGCACCAGUUCCAACGGCUGCUCCAGAUCUUGAUAAGCGAGCAACUACCUGCACUUUCUCCGGCUCGGGAGGAGCUUCAUCGGCAAGCAAGUCUAAGACUUCUUGUUCAACCAUCGUUUUAUCUGCACUUGCAGUCCCGUCCGGCACGACCUUGGAUCUGACAGGUCUUACUGAAGGAACUACAGUCAUCUUUGAAGGUAUCACCACCUUCGGCUAUGAAGAAUGGUCUGGUCCUUUGGUCUCUGUUUCGGGAACAGAUAUCACCGUUACUCAAACCACUGGUGCUUACCUCGAUGGCGGCGGAGCUGCUUACUGGGAUGGAGAAGGUUCCAACGGAGGAAAGACCAAACCAAAAUUCUUUUACGCACACAACUUGAUCUCCUCAAAGAUUGAGAACCUUUAUAUUUACAACCCACCCGUCCAAGUGAUGAGUGUUAACGGCGCAAGCGAUUUGACAAUUUCUGGAGUUACCAUUAAUGCAGCGGAUGGUGAUACUGAUGAUCUUGGUGCUAACACUGAUGGUUUUGACAUUGGAUCCAGCACAAGCGUCACCAUCACGGGCGCUAAUGUGUACAAUCAAGAUGAUUGCGUUGCUAUCAACUCCGGAACUGGCAUUACUUUCUCGGGUGGUGUUUGUUCCGGUGGCCACGGUCUUUCAAUUGGAUCUGUCGGCGGUAGAGAUGACAACAUUGUUGAGACUGUCUUGUUCGAAAGCUCCGAGAUCAAGGAUUCGCAAAAUGGUAUCCGUAUCAAGACCAUCUCUGGUGACACAGGAACCGUCUCUGGCGUCACUUACUCAGGCAUUACCCUUUCCGGUAUCACCGACUACGGUAUCACAGUCAACCAAGCUUAUGAUGGCACCUCCGGUGAGCCAACCAAUGGCGUUACCAUUUCCAAGUUUAUUCUCGAAAAUAUUACUGGAACCGUUGAAUCUACCGCCACCAACAUUCUUAUCGAGUGUGGAAGCGGUUCUUGCACUGAUUGGACAUGGACCGAUGUUUCCGUAACAGGCGGCAAGACGUCAUCCGACUGUCUCAAUGUCCCAACAAGCGGUGGUGUCUCUUGUUCUUUGUAG